AUGGAUGAACGUAAAAAAGCGGACUUAACUAUCUCAUAUCAUCGUUUUGAUAUAUCUAUCUCCUUUUUUAUAUCACAGAGGGUAACCGAGGAUUUCAAGCAAAAAAUUUUAGUUUUAGAAAGCGAUCUGACAGAAGCUUUGGAUGAACUGAGUGAUGCGCUUGAACGUGAAAAGGAUUUCGAGGCUUGCUUGGAGAGCUCUCAACUUCGAGAGAAGGCGCUGCUCAGUAAACAAAAGCGAAUGGAGGAGACAUGCAGGGAACAAGAAAACGAAAUCCAGUAUCUCACUUUGACAAAACCAAAAGACAAAGACAAGCCGGCGCCAGAGGCUGAAAAAUCGACUACUGAGGCGGGAACAAUGACAGACUUCCCGUUCUACAGCGAAAGAGCGAUAGAUGUUGGCGGGUACAGCGCAACCGGCGGGUACAACGCUACCGGUGUUAAUGGUGCAUUCAGUGAUAUCGAUUUGAAAGACUCGGGCGACAGUCCACCGCACCCGCAAGGAGACUCGAGACCUGAAGGUGUGGAUCUUCUAAGCAGUACAGGGACGCUGCUGAGGAAGAAGAACGAGAUUAUGAGAGAGGCGAAGCGCAGGAGGACAGCGAGGUCUAAAAAGGGGCAGCGAAGAGAUGUACGUAAUAGAUAUGGCCCUGAGCCUGAAUACGAAAAGGCCAGAGCGAAGGCCGAGAGGAAAACGCUAUUGAGUAGACUGUGUUGUUGUGUUAAACAACAAAGUGCUGAGUAUGAAGUAGAUCCUGAUCAGGACAGAGCAAGGGUGCGAUACCAUAGAUAAUGACGAACUAGACAUGGUGACAGAAGUGAAGGUGCAUUAACUGCAAGUGUUUCACAAGACCGAAUGGCCGAACAUUCACGAAGUGUCAACGAUUGUCACCGAAAAUUUCGUCUUCGGAUCUGCGACGAAGACCAGCUGAAAAGGACCACGAAUUAAACUUGUAGCUGAAACAGAGCGCAUUUUUACAGACUUUCAUGAGGAACUUUUAACUGUAAAUAUUAUUUUCUUUUUGUUUUUCGAAUUCUAUUUGCUAAAUUUCAGUAACAAGACUAACUCAUUGGAACAUCAUGGGUUAUACGGUUGAAAUCAUCAGGGGUGAUUUUAACCAAUAAUUUUAAAAGUAACUGAAGUCCCAAGGGGAGAAAAAGAGGCGAGAAAAAGGUUAAACUGGCCAUAAAAAUCUGAAUCUUUCAAUGUUGCCAAAGCAUAACAAUCCGCAUGAUAUUCAUUUACACCUACACGUUGUAUGUACAGUUGAACCUCCUGUAAACGGAACACCUUUGAGUUCAGAAAGCAGGGCCGUAACUAGUUAUUUUUGCUGUCGGUUUUGCUCUUACUUUUAUCAAAAACACCCUAAAUACCUUGGGCGAGAAUUUAACCAUGGACAUUGCCUCUGUCGGCAAAUUGUUUUCUGGCUAAGGCCCCUGAAAGAGUCCACUUGGAUGAAGUGUUAGCCUGAGGGAGGUCAUGUAGGGAGGUAGCGGAGGUCAUGUACGUUGCACUGUGCUGUUUUCUGGUAUCAUUUUUCGCCUGUAUGCAGAUUAAGCUGUGUUGGGUUUAUAAGUUUACUUUGUCAUUGGACUCAGGUCUACAGUGCAAAUUGUAUCAUACAUUUUUUAACGUUCAUUUUCAUUAUAUUCGAGGAUAAAUUUAAAUAUUAAAUAAUCGGCCAGUAUGCAUACAAGUUAAAAAAAGAAAAUUGUACAAAUGUCUUUGAGAGUAUUUGCUUUUUGCCGAGAAGUUGCUGUCAAUUUAUUAUGAAAUAGUAAAUUGUAUUAAAUCUAAUAAUUUGAAAGUUAUAACUUAUGAUCGUCUUUAAUAUGACGGUGAAUAUGAACUGAGCCAUGAGUUACCUGGGUACAAGAAUUGCCAAUCGCACACACUUUCAAGAGAAGUACGUAUAGAAAGUCACUAAAAUUAAUUCAUGCUACAGUUUGACUCUUACAUAACGAAUCUGACCACAUUAUGAAUAAUUCUUGUAGCGGAGACCGUUUCCCAAAUUGUUUUAUCGAUUAGACUUUUCAAUUCUACAACAAGCAUCGAAUGUAAAUUUUUUGCCACCGAGGACUUCCACUACGCAGAAAUCGUUCUGCCUAAAACCUGUAGCAUUAUUUUGAUUUUUAAUGACCAUCCUGGCUUCAAAAAUAUUAUCUUGAAAGACAACAAUAUUUAAAUUUAAGGUUAAGGGGGAAAAUCUAAAA